AUGUCGCCCAACCAAAACUACCCCGAGACAACGGGUCAGGAUGUCUCCCACGUCGUGUCCGACCCCGUGGCCCCCUCCCACUCCAAGAAGCACGGAGGCGAAAUCAAGCAUGAUGACAGCGGCAGCGACACCAUCGGCACAACGGUCGUCCUCGGCGCCAACGGCCCCAUGUCGAGGCUGGCUCUCACCACAGACGAGGAGAAGCAAAAGGCCGAGGAAGGCCACGCCAAAUUUCACCGCCUGGGGUGGAAGCGUCUCACCAUCAUCCUCAUCGUCGAGGCCAUCGCGCUCGGCAGCUUGAGUCUGCCGUCGGCGUUCGCCACCCUGGGCAUGGUGGCCGGUGUCAUCCUGUGCGUCGGCCUCGGUCUGGUCGCCAUCUACACCUCGCACAUUGUCGGCCAGGUCAAGCUCAAGUUCCCCGAGGUUUCGCACUACGCAGACGCUGGUCGCCUGCUGUUCGGACGCGCUGGCUACGAGAUUGUCGGUGCCAUGUUUGUCCUGCAACUCACCUUUCUCGUGGGCUCCCACUGCUUGACGGGCACCAUCGCCUUCCAGACCAUCUCUGGUGGUGGCACAUGCGCCGUGGUUUGGGGCGUUGUCUCGGCUAUCAUUCUGCUGAUUCUGGCCAUCCCCCCUACCUUCACUGAGCUCGCUUGGCUGGGAUACAUUGACUUCGGUUCCAUUGUUGUCGCCAUUGGGAUCACCAUGAUCGCCACCGGAAUUCAGGCCACCGAUCAGCCUGGUGGUAUGGCUGCCGUGCCGUGGUCCGCCUGGCCCAAGGAGGGCUGCACCCUGGUCGAUGCUGUCAUCGCAGUCACCAACAUUGUGUUUGCCUACAGUUUCGCCAUUACCCAGAUGAGCAUGAUGGCUGAGAUGCACACUCCUACGGACUACGUCAAGUCCAUCUGGGCUCUGGGUAUCACCGAGAUCAUCAUCUACACCCUCACCGGCGCCAUCGUCUACUCGUUCGUCGGCGUCGGCGUCGAGUCCCCCGCCCUGUCGUCCGCCGGCACCCUGGUCGCCAAGUUCGCCUACGGAUUCGGCCUCCCCGUCAUCUUCAUCUCGGGCUCGAUCAACACCACCGUCGUCGGACGCUACAUUCACGGCCGCGUGUACGCGAACUCCGUGACCCGGUACAUCAACACCCCCAAGGGCUGGAUCUCGUGGUUGAUCCUGAUCACCGUCAUCACCGUGAUUGCCUUUAUCAUCGCCGAAGUCAUCCCCUUCUUCAACGACCUUCUAUCGCUCUCCUCGGCGCUCUUCAUCACCGGGUUCACCUUUUACUUCCCCGCGUUGAUGUGGUUCAUGCUCCUUAAGGAGGGCCCCUGGCACCAGGGCGCCAACCUCUACAAGAGCAUCAUCAACGCCGCCGUCUUCGUCGUGGGCGUUGCCAUCCUCAUCGGCGGCACCUACUCGAGUAUCUGGGAUAUUGUACGUCACCCUCUCCUAACGCAUUGCGUCUUGCAGCACCUCAGCUAA